GUCUCUUCCGAUUGUAGAGGCGGCCGCCGGGCCUGGCAGGUUACACCUAUCUCUUUCCAAGACAUCAAGUUAAAAGAGUUGGAGUAAGUAACAGAUGCGGGUGAAAGAGCCAUCCAAAGCUUUACCUGAGAAAGCCAAAAGAAGUAGAAGGCCUACCAUACCUCAUGAUGAAGACUCUUCAGAUGACAUUGCUGUAGGUUUCACUUGCCAACAUGUAAGUCAUGCUAUCAGUGUGAAUCAUGUGAAAAAAGCAAUAGUUGAGAAUCUGUGGUCAGUUUGCUUGGAAUGUUUAAAAGAAAGAAAAUUCUAUGAUGGACAGCCAGUACUUCCUUCUGAUGUUUGGUUGUGCCUCAAGUGUGGUUUUCAGGGAUGUGGUAAAAACUCAGAAAGCCAGCAUUCAUUGAAGCACUUCAAGAGCUGGAGAGCAGAGUUACACUGUAUUAUAAUUAGUCUGAGCACAUGGAUCAUUUGGUGUUAUGAGUGCGAUGAAAAAUUAUCAACACAUUGUAAUAAGAAGGUUUUGGCUCAGAUAGUUGAUUUUCUCCAGAAACAUGUUUCUAAAACACAAACAAAUGCAUUUUCUAGAAUCAUAAAACUUUAUGAAGAAAAAUGUGAAACAGGUGAUAAAAAGGGAAGAAAAGACAGCAGUGUAACAUCUGUAAAAGGAAUUACAAAUUUAGGAAAUACUUGCUUUUUUAAUGCAGUCAUGCAGAAUUUGGCACAGUCUUACAUUCUUACUGAACUGAUGAAUGAGAUCAAAGAACACGGUACAAAACUCAAGAUUGUUCCUUCCUCAGACUCUCCACUGGACCCAUUAGUGGUGGAACUUUCAAGCCCUGGACCAUUGACCUCAGCCUUGUUCCUGUUUCUUCACAGCAUGAAGGAGACUGAAAGAGGACCGCUUUCUCCCAGAGUUCUUUUUAAUCAGCUUUGUCAGAAGGCCCCUGGAUUUAAAAGUUUUCAACAACAGGACAGUCAGGAACUUCUUCAUUAUCUGCUCGAUGCAGUGAGGACAGAAGAAACAAAGCGAAUACAAGCUGGCAUUCUCAAAGCAUUUAACAACCCAACUACUAAAACUGCUGAUGAUGAAACUAGAAAAAAAGUCAAAGCAUAUGGAAGAGAAGGUGUGAAAAUGAACUUCAUAGAUCGUAUCUUUAUUGGUGAAUUAACUAGCACAGUCAUGUGUGAAGAAUGUGCAAAUAUCUCCACAGUAAAAGAUCCUUUUAUUGAUAUUUCACUUCCUAUAAUAGAAGAAAGGGUUUCAAAACCUGUACUUUUGGGAAGAAUGAGUAAAUAUAGAAGUUUACAGGACACAGAUAAUGGUGAAUACAGUGGCACUAUUACUAUAGAAAAUACUCAUCAACCUAGAGCCACCAAGAAGCAUUCUUCAUCUAAAGAUAAGAAUCAACUAAUUCAUGGCAGAAAAUGUACAAGGAAAUUGUCACCUGGGGAAGAUAAAGCUGUUGUCAUAUACCAGAAAAAUGAAAACCUUGAAAUGAAUAGAGACUCCUCAUCGUCUGCAAGCAUCGUGAACACUGAGUCGACUCUGACUGAAAGCCCUACCGACGGCAGUGAAAAAGAAGCCAGCCUUUCUGAAAGUAGUGUUGGUGCCGACAGUGAGGCUUCCGAGUCUGAAAGUGCUCCUAAGCAGACUUUGUUGUUGAGAUCCAGCAGUGGAUACUUUGUGCACACAAAUGGACACCUUCGCCAUCCGUCAGAGAGUGAACCACUCACCAAGGAGGGUGACGGUGGUGAUGAGGGAGUGGCUGGAGCUAUUUCUGAACUUCAUCUGAGCAGCACUGUAACUGGAGAUAGGGAUUUUGACAGAGAAAAUCAGCCACUAAACGUUUCAAAUAAUUUGUGUUUUUCAGAGGGCAAGCAUAUGGUGUCUUACAGCCCCCAAAAUGCUUUUCAGACCCUUUCUCAGAGCUAUAUAACCACUUCUAAAGAAUGUUCAAUUCAGUCCUGUCUCUAUCAGUUUACAUCUAUGGAAUUACUAAUGGGGAACAACAAGCUUCUGUGUGAGAACUGUACUGAAAAGAAACAGAAGUACCCAAAGGAAACCAGUUCUGCAGAAAAGAAAGCAGGAGGGGUUUAUACUAAUGCCAGGAAGCAAUUGCUCAUUUCUGCUGUUCCGGCUAUCCUAAUUCUCCAUCUUAAAAGAUUUCAUCAGGCUGGCCUGAGUCUUCGCAAAGUAAACAGACAUGUAGAUUUCCCACUGACGCUUGACUUAGCACCAUUCUGUUCUGCUACUUGUAAGAAUGUAAGUGUGGGAGAUAAAGUUCUCUAUGGUCUCUAUGGCGUAGUGGAACAUAGUGGCUCAAUGAGAGGAGGCCACUACACCGCUUACGUGAAAGUGAGAACACCCUCCAGGAAAUUACUGGAACAUAUCACUGGAAAGAAAAAUGUACCUGGUUUGAAAGAACCUGACAGUGAAUCAGCAGGCCAGUGGGUCCAUGUUAGUGACACUUACGUGCAGGUGGUUCCAGAAUCGAGAGCACUUAGCGCACAAGCGUACCUUCUUUUUUAUGAAAGAAUAUUAUAAUUAUUUGUUGAUUGUUAAUGGUAAUGGUUAUUUAGAUCACUUUUAUUUAAAUGCUGCAGCGACAACCAUUAUAUGCAAUGUGUCUUUGUAGUCUUUUCUGUAGGAAUGGCAUGUCCCUCAAAUGCUCCUGGACAUGUUUACCAUUUUGGUGAAUCCUUUUAAAGUAAAUUAAAUUUACUAAAGCUUUCAAAAUUAUAUUCUUAAAAUAAAUGUAAGCACAUGUUUAAAAACAUAUUUGUCCUGGCAAAAAAAAAAACCCACAGAAUUUACAGUAGUAGAGGAAACUCCUUUAUAAUGUGGCUUAUUACUACAAGCAUUCAGAAAUGAUGCUGGCUAAGUCAAAUCAUUCCUUUAAAACAGUGUUUCCCAAAUGUGAGUCAAUACCACCUUUCUGUUUUCAUAUAUAUAUGUAUAUAUAUCUCCUAUGCCAUUGUUUACUUAUUAUUUUUAAGCUUUUUAAGGCUUUUUAAGCCUAUUUUUAGCCUUUUUAAGCCGUAGUCUUAUUUUGAGCAUAUUCUACAUUUUAUGUGCUAGUUACAUUUUUUUCUAAGAAACAUUAAAAUAAAUAUAUAACUAAAGAAAAAUUGCUCAUUCAUGUAGCACUUCACUAAAAAUCAUCUCAGGGCUAUCCAGUGGUAUAUUACACUGCUGUGUGGGACACAUUGCUAUAACAUAUACUUACACAAUUGGCAUACUGACCUUGUCAUAUUUUGUAUGAUUCAACCAUAUAAAAAGGUACCACUGUAGCUUCAGUAAUAUGGAUUUACAAAUAAUAUACUGGUUAGCUUAUUGCUUUGAGGUUUUGAGAACUGGAAAAAUACUGAAAUAUUUUAUCAACAUAUUAUUUGCAGCCUAUUCAUGAUGGAGUUGAGAAUAAUUUGCAAGUGAUUAGCCAGUCAAAAUAUAUUUAUAGAUAAUUGUUACAUGCAGAAUUGGUAAAUAGAAGUUGUUAAUCCAUAUGGGACCAUAGGAUACCUUUGAAAUGUAAAUUACCAAAUCAUAUUUGUAAAUGAUAGAGAAUUAUAUUCUUAUUAUGCUUAAUAGGAAAAUGUAAUACAUUUUCUAGUUCUGUAGAUCAGUAAAUAUUAAUCAUAGUUUUGGGGUUUUGAGAUCACCUUUUAUCUUCAGCAAGCAUCAUCAGUAAGUUCAAAUAGGUUUAGUUUUUAUUUUAAUGGAGCAUAAAGUUGGCAUUUUGGAUUUUCUUUUAAAAUAAUUAAUAGCAAACAUAUGGUAGUUUUUCCCCCCUAGAAAACAAAUUAUUAAGCUGUCAAAACUUGGCAUGAAAAUGUUACCAUUACUUAGGCUUAAAUUUUAAAAAAAUGACUACUUUGGUGUUACAUUAUUAAAUCAAAACACAUAACUGCAUGGUUCAAGCAUCCUAAUCAUUAGGGCUAACGAAUGAUAGUACAGGCAGAUGCUGGGUAAGUGCCUGGUCCUAGUUCAUUCUCCUCUUGUUAAGGAAGGAUAAGAAUAAUGGCUGUAGUUAAUGUGUGGAAAUAUUUCAUGAAGACUCUCACCCUUCUUAAUAUUUAAGUAUAUGUAAUAUUAUCAAGGUUACCAGUGCCGCCUUUUGAUAUAUGGAUGAAUGGAAUUGUGAUUAGUGUUAAAGAUGGUAAUAAUAUACGAAAUUCAGAGCUUAAAAAUGUCAUUGCAUAAAUUGUAUUUUCAAGCUGUUGAAAUUUCAAUAAUAGUGGUUUUCUUGAUUUUUAACAGUGAAAUGAUGGAGAAAUGUAUCUUUAUAAGUUAAGCUGUAAACUCAGGUUGUGUCAUGUAAAAGGUAAACAGUGUUUAAAGUGUUUUCUGUUUAAUUGUAAUGCGUUAACAUUGAAGACUUCAGUACCAGAGCAGUGAAAUUUUUUGAAAACUAUUAGUUAAUCCUCUUUAUUCAAGUCAACCGUCUUGGUAAUGACAAUUACCAUCCCCUCCCCCAAAUGUAAAUAUUAAAUUGUCUCAUUUUUCUCCUAGAAAAGAUACCAUUAAGAGGCAUGCACUUUUCAUUGGAUGGUCACCUGCUUCUUAUUUCAUUGAUAGAUGGAUAGAUGAAAGAGAGAGAGAGAGAGAGAGAGA